UUCACCACCCAACUUCCCAGCAAUGGAAAACCCCAACCCAAAACCAAAAGACCAUUGACUUUCAGGUGUAGCAACCUUUUCUUUUAAAUUCAUUUCUUUAUUUCAAUUCUGUACUACAUGAGUUUACAAAAACCAACUUUGUCCUCUAUCACACAUCAGAAGCUCCUCCGAGGUUGUUUUCGACCAUGAAAGCCUAUGGCAUUAUCAGAUUUUCUCUGCCUCCAACCAAAGUUUCUUCUUUUGGUGAUUUGUUUCUCUGGGUUCUUUGAUCAACACUGAAAUUCGGUUCCGGGUGUCUUUCCUUUUUCCCUUUUUUUUGUUUGUUUGUUGCUUGCACUUAGUCGAGUCUUUUUCUUAUUAGCCAAUUUUGAAAUUUUGAUCAAACUGAUCAUUAUUGGAUGAGGUUUCAUCAGUUGCCAAGUUUGAGUCUUUGAGUUUCUGGGUUUCCCUGGAAUGCAUCUUUAUUUCCAAUUUUGAUGUUCUUCAACUCCCUUUGGAAAUCUUUGUGAGUUUAUUAUAUUCUCCAGAUUGUAUAAUUGCUACAGAUUGUUUUGAAUACAAUUUUUUGUUACUUGAUUGUAUUCAUGCACCUAUCUACCUACUUGAACUUUCAUCCCAUUCUUCUUGCGUAAUUUUUAUUUUUUAUUUUUAUUUUUGUGGUAUAUCUGCUACUCGAAGUUACAGUUUCCGAUUAGGGGUCACUAUUGAAUCUACAAUUUUUAUAAUCUCACUUAUUGUACUAGAAAUAAAGUUUUACAUUUGAAGUUCAUAUUUAGUUCUGUAUAAGCAAGUCAUUACUUUCAGAAAAUUUUCCAUUCUGUGGAAAAUCUAUAUUGGUUUUCGGCGUACUUAGUAUGCCUAGGUUGUAAGCACAAUGUCAAUCUUGUGUGGUGUGCCUCUUGUUGAGUGUGUGUACUGUCUGGCUUGUGCUCGUUGGGCUUGGAAAAGAUGUCUUCAUACUGCAGGCCAUGACAGUGAAACUUGGGGCCUUGCCACUGCAGAAGAAUUUGAGCCUGUCCCUCGUCUUUGUCGCUAUAUUUUAUCAGUGUAUGAAGAUGAUCUUCGACACCCUAUUUGGGAACCCCCUGGUGGCUAUGGAAUUAACCCUGAUUGGUUAAUACUCAGAAAGACAUACAAAGAAACAGAAGGGCGGGCACCACCCUAUAUACUGUAUAUUGAUCAUGAUCAUGCGGAUAUAGUCCUUGCCAUUAGGGGACUAAAUUUGGCAAAGGAAAGUGACUAUGCUGUUCUGUUGGAUAACAGAUUGGGGAAGAGAAAGUUUGAUGGGGGCUAUGUUCAUAAUGGGCUGUUGAAGGCUGCUGGAUGGGUUUUGGAUGCUGAAUGUGAAGUUUUGAGGGAAUUGGUAGAGAAGUAUCCAAACUAUUCUUUGACUUUUGCUGGACAUUCACUUGGAUCAGGAGUAGCCGCAAUGUUGAGCAUGGUGGUGGUGCAGAAUCGAGAAAGACUAGGAAAUAUUGAGAGGAAGAGAGUCAGGUGCUAUGCUAUUGCACCUGCUAGGUGCAUGUCACUGAAUUUGGCAGUCAGAUAUGCAGAUGUCAUCAACUCUGUUGUGCUUCAGGAUGACUUCUUACCAAGGACAGCCACUCCAUUGGAAGAUAUAUUCAAGUCUCUUUUCUGUUUGCCAUGCUUAUUGUGCUUGAGGUGCAUGAGGGAUACAUGUAUACCAGAGGAGAAGAUGCUGAAAGAUCCAAGGAGACUCUAUGCACCCGGUCGCCUCUAUCACAUUGUUGAGAGAAAGCCUUUCAGAAUGGGAAGGUUUCCCCCAGUUGUGAGGACAGCAGUGCCAGUAGAUGGAAGGUUUGAGCAUAUAGUCCUUUCUUGUAAUGCUACAUCUGAUCAUGCCAUUGUUUGGAUAGAGAAAGAAGCUCAAAGGGCUAUAGAUUUGAUGCGGGAGAAAGAUACUAGCAUGGAAAUACCUGCAAAGCAAAUCAUGGAGAGGCAGGAAACAUUAACAAGACAUAGUCAAGAAUACAAAGCAGCAUUACAUAGGGCUAAAACAUUAGAUGUUCCACAUGCUUUUACACCACCAUCACAGUAUGGAACUUUUGAUGAGGAGGGAGAGGAGAGUUCAAGAAGGUCACAAGCUGAGUCUUCUUUUGGUUCAACCAAUAGGAGCACAGUGGAUGAAUCCUGGGAUGAAUUAAUUGAGCGUCUUUUUGAUAAGGAUGAGCAUGGCCACAUUGUGCUCAAGAAACAAUGAUUGUGUAAUUUAAGUGGACAAGAAUAUAAAUUGUAGUCAUGUAAAAACCAUAUUUGUUCAUUCUUUUGUAUUUUUUGGUUUCUAGUUGUAGCUAGAAGAUGGAAUAAAUUUGUUAGAAAUUGUUGGGGACUCAGGUUCUCUUCUUAAGCGUCAUAUAUGUAAGUUAAGGAUACUCUCUAUCAAUGUCUUCAUCAAGAAAUGUAUCGCCAUAGCACUGAUUGUAAAU